UGUAGAGAGCGCUGGGCUGGGUUUAGCAGGCAGAGCCUUGCAGCCAGCUGGAGGAAAGGGAGCACAAGGGGAACCUCUCAACCCUGGACAUCCCUCCUCCAAAUGAACUGUUCUCCCCUUGGAUCUAGCACCGACACACCACAGAGCUGCCCGACUCCUCCAGCACCAUUGCCUUCUCUAGCGCCCACUCACCCCCUGCGACAGGCGAACAGACUGCCCAUCAGGGUGCUGAAAAUGCUGAGUGCACACACAGGACACUUGCUGCACCCGGAGUACUUGCAGCCUCUCUCCUCCACCCCUGUCAGCCCUAUAGAGUUGGACGCUAAGAAGAGUCCGUUGGCCCUGCUGGCUCAAACCUGUUCUCAGAUCGGAAAACCUGAUCCCCCUCCUUCGUCUAAGCUGAACUCUGUGACUUCCAGCAGCGAGAAGGAAAGCAGCCGCAGCUCUUCGCUGAAACUGGGAGAAUCUCCGCUAGAGGACAAGUCAAGCUUCAAACCGUACUCUAAGGGAGGAGAGACGAGAAAGGAAAGCGGAUCUUCAAAUGGUGGCAAUGCGGACAAGGCAGGAUUUAGGGUGCCUAGCGGUUCGUGUCAAUCUUUCCCUCCGCACGCCGCAUCUCCGUCCUCAAGGGUGAGCUCCCCCGGACAGCACUGUGAAUCUAAAAAUGCGGAUGGACAAGAGAAAAAAGAGCCUGAAGCCAUCAAAGUGAGCGCAGAGGUGUCUCAAGCCAACCCCACCCUUACUAGAGCCAGUAUCAGCAACUCCAGCGCAGAGUUCAGCCAAAGCGGGGACGUUACCCCCAGCAGCAAAUCGGAGCCGCCGUCCCUGGGAUCUGGCCACGUGGCCCCAGUAUCUCCUUACAAACAUGGACACUCAGUCUUCCCUCUUCCACCGUCUGGCAUUGGAUAUCAUGGAUCCAUAGUGGGUGCCUAUGCUGGGUACCCGUCACAGUUUGUCCCUGGGUUGGAUCACAGCAAAACAGGCAUGGUUGGUAAUCAGCUACCUGGGACUUUAGGUUUGCCGGGGAAACCACCCAGCUCUAGUCCUCUGACCGGAGCCUCUCCUCCAUCUUUCAUGCAAGGAUUAUGCAGGGACCCCUAUUGUCUGAGCUACCACAAUGCCUCGCACCUCGGUUCUAGCAGCUGCUCCACCUGUGUGCAUGAUCCAUCUGCCCUGAAGUCCGGAUACCCCCUAGUCUACCCCAGCCACCCUCUUCAUUCAGUGCAUACGACAAUGUCUUCCAGUGUCACCCCUUCCUUGUCUGGCCAUCCUCUGUAUACGUACGGCUUUAUGCUACAAAAUGACCCAGUCCCUCACAUAUGCAACUGGGUGUCUGCAAAUGGACCUUGUGACAAAAGAUUUUCCACGUCAGAAGAACUCCUUUCCCACUUACGGACUCACACAGCCUUUCCUGGGGUUGACAAACUUUUGGCUGGUUACCCUACAUCUGGUUUGGGGUCUGCUGCUUCCUGUCACCUCCAUCUCCCUCCAACAGGGCCUGGAAGUCCAGGGUCUCUGUCCUUAAGAAAUCCACAUACUUUGGGACUAAAUAGGUACCAUCCGUAUGGAAAAAGCCCUCUAACAACGCCCAGUGGUCUCCCAAUGCCUUCAUUACCGGCAGGAUCUUACUAUUCCCCGUACGCUCUAUACGGACAGAGGUUAACGUCAGCUUCAGCGCUAGGAUACCAGUAAAUAGAAUUCCCUGACUCAUAGACUGUAUAUUUAUUUACUGUAUGUUAGCUUCAAGCUGGGAAUAUUAAGUGCAUUAUUUACAACAAAAAUCCAAUGGUAUGCAAACAUUCUGUGUCCCCAAACAAUUAUUUUGCAUUAUCAGUUUGUCUUCCAUUUGGUUUGGUCUUUUUUCUUUUUUUUUUUUCUUCUUUUUCUGUUUCCAUUUUUUUCUUUGUGCAGUUUUGCAUGAUAUUCAUCGCUUAUACAAACCCUUUUCUUUUAUUUCCCUUUUUGGGAGGUUAA